CGUGCGACCGACGCCGCGACGCCUCGCAGGAUUCGUAAAAAUACGGAGGGUCGAUAAAGAAAAAUUGAAUAACGCGCACGCGCCGCGCCGGUCGCUGCACAAAAUUAUUAAUUUUAUUUAAUUUAAAUCCUAUAACCUAUAUCCUAUACCUAUAUAAUUUAAUUUAAAUACCUUGUUGUACCUAUAAGAGUUGUAACGAUAAAAUAUAUGAUUAACAUUAAAGCCUCAAAUAAAUAAACUUCACCUCAUUUCAUCCAUAUCAUUAUUAACUUCAUAUUAAAUUGAUAUAAAUAACAGAAUAAUUCCAUGAAAGAUUACGCUGUAUGGACUGAUACCUCCGCCUUUCUUGUUGGAAAAUGGAACUGCUACUGUCAUACGUCAUACUGUGGUCUGUGAUUUUUUUUAAGGUAUUUUAUGACCUGGUAAAAGUCAGUGUUUGUAAAUUUACUCAUAGAAUAGUCAUAUCUUAAUACCUACAUAUUAUUAAAUAAUUAUAAAUUUAAAGUUCUCUAUUUCACAGAACAUUCUUUUUGUUAUGAAGUAACAAAAAAGACAACGCCUGCUCUAAACUUUUUGAACACACUUCUAUAGAAAACGUGAACAGUGACGAGAAACAAAAUGUGAGAAUAAAAUAACUUUGGAAUGUCUUAGAUGUGAAAGGCAAAUUUCAGUGAGCAAAAUAAUAUCAAUAUUUGUUCAGUGGUCCUACAACACGAUUAUAUUUUGCUCAUAGCAAUAGCAAUUUCCAGAAAAAAGAAUACAGGAAUAAUCGUUUGUUUGAAAUAAUACGUAAAGUAGUUUAUUUGCAAAAUGAGUUAUAUGCUAGGACAUCUACACAAUGGUUGGCAAGUAGAUCAGGCCAUUCUAUCAGAAGAAGACCGUGUAGUGGUUAUAAGGUUUGGACACGACUGGGACCCAACAUGUAUGAAAAUGGAUGAAGUAUUAUACAGCAUUGCGGAAAAAGUAAAAAAUUUUGCUGUCAUAUAUUUAGUUGACAUUACAGAAGUUCCAGAUUUUAAUAAAAUGUAUGAAUUAUACGAUCCAUGCACAGUGAUGUUCUUCUUCCGCAACAAACACAUAAUGAUUGACUUGGGGACUGGCAACAACAAUAAAAUCAACUGGCCUCUCGAAGACAAGCAGGAGAUGAUUGAUAUUAUUGAAACUGUGUACAGAGGGGCAAGAAAAGGACGAGGUCUUGUUGUCUCACCGAAAGAUUACUCUACCAAAUACAGAUAUUAGUUUAAUUUAAAAUAAUGUUCCACCUGAAUGGUCUAGUAAUUUGUAAUCAUAUCUGACAUCAUAGUCAUCAUAAAUUUAGUAAUGUAACUUUUUUUAUAUAAAAAUAAGAACUAUACAUAUUACAUUAUAACUCAUGUGUUUUUGGAAUUAUGCUGUUCUUCCUGAUAUUAAACAAAGUAAAAGUAGAAUAAAUGACAAGUUUUAUGCUGA